AUGGGACAUCAUUUGACAUUAAUUUUUGAUGAGAAUCUUGCAAUUCCAUUAACAUCGAAUAACGAAAUGUCUCCGGACUAUGGUAAUUGUGAGCAUUGUGGACAAAAAUUCACCAAUGUUGAAUGGUGCAAGAAUUGUCAAUGUAAACGUUUUCGGAAAAAUUUUGACUAUUGGACAAGUGGCAAUAAACAGCUUAGUGAAUUAAUUAAGAAGUCACAACUUGAAGCAACGUACAUGUCUAAUUAUAUUGAAUGGAUAGAAAACGAUCAUCUAGAAGAUAUAGAAAACAUUGUAAAAGGCAAAUUUUCCACGGUUAAAUCAGCAGUAUGGCGCAUUGGUCCUCGUGAAGUAUGGGAUGAAGAAAUGGGUCAAUGGGAGAGAGCCUCUAAAACUAAAGUGGCCAUAAAGUAUUUAAAAACUACCGAAUUAUUGAGGAUAAUUACAGUAUGGAACAAUUGUUCUAGGGAUAAAGAUCAAUUUGAUUCUGCUAAUAGAAAAGUACGGGGAUUCAAAAAACGUCCUUUUACUACGAACGACAAACUUUAUUACACAUCUAAAGCACUUUCAACUAAACUAAUUUCCAAGUUAAAGCAUCAAAGUGUUAAAUAUGAAUCUAUUGAGUAUAAGUUUGAUCAAAACUGUCUUAUAGUAAAAGGUGAAAAUGUCGAUUUUACUG